AUGUCAUCGCACCUCUGGAGCUUUGGGUACAAGUGGCACCACUGUGCCAAGCUGACCCCUGUUCCCCUACUCCAGCCUGACCCCUGCUCCCCUUUGCCUUUCAAAGAAUGCUCGGAUUGGCUUUUGCCUCUCCUUCGUUGGAAGUCUUGGUCGGGGUCUUUAGUGAGCCUGAUCCUCUCUAGGCUGGCGUCGAUGACCAAAGACCCACUUACCAUAACAAUGGAAAAGGGUGUGAACUUGUGGCUUGUCGCAUGGUUAGGCUCGCCCUUUGUGGUGCUGCAACACGAGGGCCUCACCUCGACCGUGGGCAACUCCAUCUUCGUGACAGUGCUGCGACAUCGGCUGAAGACCAUCUCAGACGGCCAGACGGUGCUGCUGCUGAACACGGCCCUCUGCGACCUCGGCAUCUCGAUCACAGGCUACCCGUACACAACCAUCAGCUCUUAUGCAGGACACUGGAUCUUCGGUGACGUCAUGUGUCAGAUGUAUGGUUUUCUGUGCUUCACACUCAACCAGGUUCAGAUGAAUACUUUGGUUGUCGUUGCCAUCUUUCGGUAUAUAAGUAUCUGCCAUCCUCAGUUCAAACACCUCCUGAAACCAAGCCUUGCCAAGCGAUGCCUAAUAGCGGUCUGGCUGUACGGCGUGGCUUGGUCGACCCCGCCGCUGCUCGGUUGGUCUCGCUAUACCAAAGAACCAUUCGAGACCUCUUGCUCCACCGACUGGUAUGACCGCUCGCUCUCCGGCAUCGCCUACAGCAUUUGUCUGGUCGUGUUUUGCUACGCCGUCCACGUGAUCUGCCUCGCCAUCUGCUACCAGAAGAUUCUCUACAAGUCUCGCCAGCUCCAGCUCUCCCUGCCGGAGACCAAUCCCAAGCUCUCCUUGUAUGGCGACGACGACAUCAAUAUGAUGAACAUCAUGAUGAUGUGUAGUUUCCUCAUGUUUUGGACACCCUAUGCAGUUUGCUCCAUCAUUUCCAUCUUCAAGACUGACAUCAGCACUUUCUGGUAUGUAUUCCCGACCGUGUUCGCCAAAACAUCGUGUAUGAUGAACCCGAUUAUUUACGGCCUGAGCCACAAACUGCUAAGGCGGGAACUUCUGAAGCUGCUGAGGACAUGCUGCUGUGUCGACAAGUCGGGCGACAUCCGGGAUCUGCAGGAGACUCGAAAGUAAGAUUUUUUUUUAUUUAUUUUUUUACCUUUCUCUAGCGUUCUGCUUUGAUUUCUUAUUAUUAUCAUUUGAUUUUUUACUUUUCUUUUCUAUUUUUUUUAUGGAAGCAACUUCUGGUUAUAAAGAACAUUAGCGUGUCUGUAAACUCUUACAGACGAUGGAAAAAAAUCACAAUCUUAAAAGAACAGAGUCUGUAGAUUUACAGAUAAUGCAAAUUAUUCAUGCAUGAGGAAAAAUAGAUACA